AUGGCGGGGGCCCGGACAGCCGUGCUACCGCUGCUCAUGCAGCUCGGGAGCCUGGCGCUGGCCGCGUGCGGUGGAGAGGUCUCCAGAGAGCACCCUAGGCUUGCUGACAUUCUUGCCGAUCAGCAGCAGGCACCCUCGCACUCCUUGGUUCCUGCUGAGGCCCACCAACAGCAGCGGUGCCCCCUGGAAGAGAGGCUGGAACGGCUGGAGUCCGAGGUGACAGACCUCAGAAAGCAGAACAGGGACUUGCAAGCCAGGCUGUUGCGGAUGGAGUCUUGUGGGUGCUGCUCAACUUCCCCCCAGUGCUGGGGGCUGGCACGCACCUGUCCUGAGGGAGCUCGCUGGGAGCCUGAUGCCUGUAUGGCCUGCGUGUGCCGUGAUGGGACCGCACACUGUGGCCCCCAGCCCAACGUGCCCCACUGCCAUGGCUGCAAUCACAAUGGCCAGUCUUAUGGUCAUGGGGAGACCUUCUCCCCAGAUUCCUGCACCACUUGCCGCUGUCUGGCAGGAACUGUGCAGUGCCAGGGGCCUUCAUGCUCUGAGCUCCACUGUCUGGAGAGCUUCACCCCACCUGGAGAAUGCUGCCCCAUCUGCCGGCCAGGCUGUGAGUAUGAAGGGCAGCUUCAUGAAGAAGGGGCCAGCUUCUUGUCCAGUUCCAACCCGUGCCUCCAAUGUUCCUGCCUGAGGAGCCUGGUUCAAUGUGUGCCUGUGAAGUGCCCGCCAAGCCCUUGCCCUGAGCCAGUCCCGAGGCCUGGCCACUGUUGCCUAGUCUGCCAAGCCCCAGGCUGCACAGAAGGUAACUCUCACAGGAACCAUGGCCAAGAGUGGACCACUCCUGGAGACCCCUGCCGGAUCUGCCAGUGCCUGGAGGGCCACAUCCAGUGCCGCCAGCGGGAGUGUGCCAGCCUGUGUCCAUAUCCUGCCAGGCCCCUUCCUGGCACCUGCUGCCCAGUGUGUGAUGGCUGUUUCCUAAAUGGACGGGAGCACAGCAGUGGGGAGCCUGUGAGUUCCCAGGACCCCUGCUCCAGCUGCCGCUGUGCUAAUGGGAGUGUCCAGUGUGAGCCUCUGCCUUGCCCACCUGCACCCUGCAGAUAUCCGGGCAGGAUCCCUGGGCAAUGCUGCCCUGUCUGUGAUGGCUGUAAAUACCAGGGACAUGAAUAUCGGAGCCAGGAGACCUUUACCCUCCAAGAGAAUGGCCGCUGCCUUCGAUGCCUCUGCCAGGCGGGUGAAGUAUCCUGUGAAGAACAGGACUGCCCUGUUGCCCCCUGUGCCUGGUCUGCCUCUGGCCCCCAGCUCUGCUCAGCCUGUGUGCUCAAUGGUGAAGAGUUUGCAGAAGGGAUCCAGUGGGAGCCGGAUGGACAGCCGUGUACUGCCUGUUCCUGCCAAGAUGGAGUGCCUAUAUGCAGGGCUGUGCUUUGCUCGCCAGUACCCUGCCAGCACCCUACCCAGCCACCUGGUGCCUGCUGCCCCAGCUGUGAGAGCUGCACCUACCAUGGUCUGGUGUAUGCCAAUGGGCAGAACUUCACAGAUGUGGACAGCCCUUGUCACUCCUGCCGCUGUGAGGAUGGGACUGUGAGGUGUUCGUUGAUCAACUGUCCUUCCACAACCUGUGCCAAGCCCCAGAAUGGACCAGGCCAGUGCUGCCCCAAAUGUCCAGACUGCAUCUUGGAGACCCAGGUGUUUUUGGAUGGGGAGCGCUUUCCUCAUCCAAGAGACCCCUGUAAGGAGUGUCAGUGUCAGGAAGGCCAAGCUCACUGCCAGCCUCGUGCCUGCCCCAGCGCCCCCUGUGCUCACCCCCUGCCCAGCGCCUGCUGCAGGACUGACUGCAAAGGCUGUGCCUUUGGAGGGAAAGAGUACCCCAAUGGAGCUGACUUCCCACAUCCUACUGACCCGUGUCGCUUGUGUCGCUGUCUGACCGGCAACAUACAGUGCCUGGCGCGUCGCUGUCCACCUCUGUCCUGUCUGAAGCCAGUCCUGCCUCCUGGAGACUGCUGCCUGCAGUGCCGAGAUGCCCCCGCUGACUGCCCACGGUCAGAGGAUAUGGUCCCCGCCCGCCACCAGGAGCACUUUUUCCCAUCGGGAGACCCCUGCAGCCGCUGCCUCUGCCUGGACGGCUCCGUGUCCUGCCAGCGAUUGCCUUGUCCUCCUGUGCCCUGCGCCCACCCGCGCCAGGGUCCCUGCUGCCCCUCCUGCGACGGCUGCCUGUAUCAGGGGAAGGAGUUUGCCAGUGGGGAACGCUUCCCAGCACCAAGCCUCCCGUGCCUCGUGUGCCUUUGCUGGGAGGGCAACGUCAACUGUGAGCCCAAAGCUUGUGCCCCUGCACAGUGUCCCUUUCCCGCCAGGGAAGACUGCUGCCCUGCCUGUGAUAACUGUGAGUAUCUGGGGGUACCCUACCUGAGCAGCCAGGAGUUCCCAGAUCCCCGGGAACCCUGCAACCUGUGCACCUGCCUUGGAGGCUUUGUGACUUGCACCCGCCAGCUUUGUGAGCGCCCAGCCUGCAGCCAUCCACGUAUCCUACCUGAGCACUGCUGUCCAACCUGCCAGGGUAGGAGGGCACCUGCCUCAUCCCCAGGGCCUAGGUGGGGUUGCGGUAUGUGUGCAGAAGACCAGAUCUCAGACUCAAAGCUUACACAUCUGUCUGUCUGGGACACAGGCUGCCUCGCUCAUGGGGAGGAGCACCCCGAAGGUAGUAGCUGGGUGCCUGCCAGCAGCCCCUGUUCCUCCUGCAUGUGUCACAUGGGCAUCGUCACUUGUGCCCAAAUCCAGUGUGUCAGCGCCUGCAUCUGGCCCCAGCAGGGGCCCAGUGACUGCUGCCCACGGUGCUCUGGCUGUGAGCAUGCGGGCAGAAAGUAUGAGCCUGGGGAGAGCUUCCAGCCUGGAACAGACCCAUGUGAAGUGUGCAUCUGUGAGCUGCAGCCUGAGAGGCCUCCCAGCCUUCACUGUCACCGGCGGCAGUGUCCCAGUCUGGUGGGCUGCCCACCAAGCCAGCUUCUACCCCCUGGUCCCCAGCACUGCUGUCCCACCUGUGCCCAGGCACUGAGUAACUGCACAGAGGAUCUGCUGGGGUCUGAGCUGGUGCCACCGGACCCCUGCUACACAUGCCAGUGUCAGGAUCUGACAUGGCUCUGUACUCACCGGACCUGUCCUGAGCUCAGCUGUCCCCCGUGGGAGCGCCACACACCCCCUGGCAGCUGCUGCCCCUUGUGUAAGGCUUCUACCCAGCCGUGCAUGCAUCAGGGUCGCCAGAUGGCCUCUGGGGAACACUGGGUAGUGGACGCCUGCACCAGCUGCUCCUGCUUGGCUGGUACUGUGCACUGUCAGAGCCAGCGCUGCAGGAAGCUCGCAUGUGGCCGGGACGAAGUCCCUGCCCUGAGUCCCGGCAGCUGCUGUCCCCGCUGUUUGCCCCGGCCAGCUUCCUGCAUGGCCUUCGGAGACCCCCAUUACCGCACCUUCGAUGGCCGCCUGCUGCACUUCCAGGGCAGCUGCAGCUACGUGCUGGCCAAGGACUGCCAGGGCGAGGACUUCAGUGUGCACGUGACUAAUGAUGACCGGGGCCGGAGGGGUGUGGCCUGGACCCAAGAGGUAGCAGUGCUACUGGGAACCUUGGCUGUGAAGUUGCUGCAGGGCAGGACAGUCAUGGUGAACCAGCACACGGUGGCCUUGCCCUUCCUUCAGGAGCCACUGCUGUACAUUGAGCUUCGUGGUCACACUGUGAUCCUGCAUGCCCAGCCUGGGCUUCAGGUGCUGUGGGAUGGGCAGUCUCAGGUGGAGGUGAGAGUUCCCAGCUCCUAUCGAGGCCAGACUUGUGGUCUGUGUGGGAACUUCAAUGGCUUUGCCCAGGACGACCUGCAGGGUCCAGACGGGAGGCUCCUGCCCACAGAGGCUGCCUUUGGGAACAGCUGGAAGGUCCCCGAGGGCCUGGGUCCUGGCCGGCCUUGUUCUGCAGGCCGAGAGGUGGACCCGUGCCAGGCAGCAGGCUACCGUGCCAGGCGUGAGGCCAAUGUCCGAUGUGGGGUCCUGAAGACCUCACCAUUUAGUCACUGCCAUGCCGUGGUACCACCCGAACCCUUCUUCGCUGCCUGUGUAUAUGACCUGUGUGCUUGUGGGCCAGGCUCCUCAGCUGACACCUGUCUCUGCGAUGCCCUGGACGCCUACGCUAGCCACUGUCGCCAGGCAGGGGUGACUCCUGUCUGGAGGGGCCCUACGCUCUGUGUGGUGGGCUGCCCUGUGGACCGCGGCUUUGUGUUUGAUGAGUGUGGACCACCGUGUCCCCGUACCUGUUUCAACCAGCACAUACCCCUAGGGGAGCUGGCAGCCCACUGUGUGAGGCCCUGCGUUCCAGGCUGCCAGUGUCCUGCAGGUCUCAUGGAGCACGAAGGCCACUGCAUCCCACCUGAGGCCUGCCCACCAGUCCUGCUUACUGGGGACUAACCAGCUCCACAAUGUCCAGUCCCAACCAGGAGUACCCUCUGGUCGCACACUGAGUUAAGGAUACCCUCAGCCAGGACUUAUCUGGCCAGAAGUCACCCCUCGGUGAGCAGAGACCUCCAGGCCAAGCCCUGGAGACAGUGCCUCGCUCAGGCAAUGGAACCCUGGGCCUGUCCUCCAGGCGGCCACAGUGUCAAAACACAAGAAUAAACUCCACACU